UGAAAUUUUAUAAAAGAAUGAAUUUUGGAUUGCAUAAUAAAUCACAUAACUGAUGUGAAUUUUUUAUUUUAAUUAAAAUUUAUUGAACCCUGGCCUAUUUGUAUAUCAAUGAUCAAACCAUUUUAAACUCACUUCUCUAUCAAUUUAAACAGGUUAAUUUUUUUAUACAUACAAUCAUCCUAAGCUAAACAUAUAUCUUUCUUUUUUUUCCCUGUUCAAUCACGGGGGCAGAUUUGAUGCCAACAGUGUAAAGAUAAACUGGUUUAAGCUACUCAUUAAAAAGACAGUCAAAGGAAAAAACAUAGACAACAAAAGGGGGGAGGCAGAAACACAUUCAAAAGAGAAAUCAUUGAUUACAAAGAUUACCUCCCAAAAAAAAUAAAAAAAUAAAUAAAGAGUAAAAGAGAAAGAGAUAAAUAACACCCUCACCCGGAUCCACUCAUUCACGGGUUGGAUGGUUAGCAAUUCAAGCAAUAAAUAUAAGAUUAUUAGCAAUAAUUUCUCUAAAUUUUAUUUUAAGCCCUAAAUGUAGAAGAAGAAGAAGAAAAGGUAAAAGAGAAAAAGAGAAAUAACACCCCACCCGGAUCUACUCAUUUACGGUUUGGAUGGUUAGAAUUCAAGCAAUAAAUAUAAGAUUAUUAGCAACAGUUUUUAUAAAUUUUAUUUUAAACCCUAAAUGUAGAAAAAAAGAAAAAAAAGAAAAAGUAAAAGAGAAAGAGAAAUAACACCCCAACCGAAUCCACUCAUUUACAGUUCAGAUGGUUAGCAAUUCAAGCAAUAAAUAUAAGAAUAUUAGCAACAGUUUCUCUAAAUUUUAUUUUGAACCCUAAAUGUAGAAAAAAAAAAAAAGUUAUUACUAUGGCCGUGUUGUUUGAGCUUCUGAGAUUUUGAAAUCUUAUGAGCUUAUGGGUUUCAAUUGGUGAGUGUUGUUGGGUACUGUCGAUGAGUUCCAAAUUAAGGGGUGACUUUUCUCUCGUUUUUCUUUUUGAUUUCUUCUGGUAGUGUGACCCACAGAUUUGGCUUUUCCUUAUUGUUUUCGAUUGACACGUCACUGCCGGUGGAAGAUACAUAUUUGUCUUUGAGAAUUGUUAAUGUUAUAUACAAUUUAGGGAUAGUAAAUGUCUACGGCCAGUGACGUGUCCAGUGGUCCGCCACUGUGUCAUUGUGGAGUUCCAGCACAGCUGAGGCACUCUAGGACGUCGAAAAACCCGGGUAGAAAGUGGUACGGAUGUAUACAUUACAAGAAAAUCGGUGAUUGUGAUUAUUUUGCGUGGUCUGAUAAUAUGUCCGCUACCGAGAAGAUCUUGAUGGAACGUGUUGACGAACUGGAGAAGAGAAUGAAUGCUUUUCAUAACGGAGUUGAUGACCUUGUUGAAGCAAAAUGUAAGGCCCAUUACGACGCCAUUCGGCGGGAGUUAGGGUUUGGUCGAAAAAGCAUUACUUCUUUCCGGGCUACGGCAUUACUACUCAUUUUGUUGUUAGUCUUCUAUUGUAUUGGUUAUAGUGGUUCCAGAGGUCGCUCAUCCUUGAUGUUAGAAUGAGCUAAUGGGAACAGAUUAUUCGUACCGUGUACUUAGGACUUUUGUGUUAUGCGGUGGUUACUUUUAUGUGCCUGUUUACAUUAGAUGUAAAUAUUGAGAAUCUCAGAAGAAACAGAAUCUGAUCUUCCUGUUUCUUCUUCUUUUGCUUCUCUGUUUUUGCUUU